CCGGCGGCGCAGAGCGGAGCGGAGCCCGCUCGGGACGCGCCACAACGGCGGCGGCUGCUGGGGCGGGGGCGGCCGGUGCUACUACAGCGGCGGCCCCAUGUUCUCCCCCAGCCAGGAGGAGCUGUGCGCGCUGAACAAGGAGCCCGUCAAGUACGGGGAGCUGGUGGUGCUGGGGUAUAAUGGGUCCCUCCCUAAUGGUGACAGGGGGCGCAGGAAAAGCAGAUUUGCCCUUUAUAAGCGCCCUAAGGCAAAUGGAGUUAAACCCAGCACUGUUCAUGUCAUCUCUACUCCUCAAGCAUCAAAGGCAAUCAGUGCAAAAGGUCACCACAGUAUCUCUUUCACAUUAUCCAGAAGCCAGACAGUUAUAGUGGAAUAUAUUCAUGAUAAAGAUACAGACAUGUUUCAGGUUGGGAGGUCUACAGAAAGCCCCAUAGACUUUGUAGUAACAGACACUAUUUCAGGAAAUCAAAAUAAUGAUGAAGCCCAGAUUACCCAGAGCACCAUCUCCCGAUUUGCCUGCAGGAUUGUUUGUGACAGGAGCCCACCAUACACAGCAAGGAUCUUUGCAGCUGGCUUUGACUCAUCUAAAAAUAUAUUUCUUGGUGAAAAAGCAGCCAAGUGGAAAAACCCCGAUGGCCACAUGGAUGGAUUGACAACCAAUGGGGUGCUGGUCAUGCAUCCCAAAGGAGGCUUCACAGAGGAGUCCAAGCCUGGAGUGUGGAGGGAGAUCUCAGUUUGUGGGGACGUGUACACGCUCCGGGAGACCAGGUCUGCUCAGCAGAGGGGCAAACUGGUAGAAAACGAGACCAACAUCCUUCAGGACGGCUCCCUGAUCGACCUGUGCGGGGCCACUCUGCUGUGGAGAACGGCGGACGGACUCCUGCACACGCCGACGCAGAAACACAUCGAGGCUCUGCGGCAGGAGAUCAACGCCGCCCGGCCCCAGUGCCCCGUGGGCUUGAACACCUUGGCCUUCCCCAGCAUCAACCGCAAGGACGUGGUGGAGGAGAAGCAGCCCUGGGCGUACCUCAGCUGCGGCCACGUGCACGGCUACCACAACUGGGGUCACCGCAGCGACACGGAAGCCAACGAGCGCGAGUGCCCCAUGUGCAGAACCGUCGGCCCCUACGUGCCUCUGUGGUUGGGUUGCGAGGCUGGGUUUUACGUGGACGCCGGGCCCCCCACGCACGCUUUCACCCCGUGUGGACACGUGUGCUCUGAGAAAUCCGCCAGAUACUGGUCCCAGAUCCCUCUGCCUCACGGGACUCACGCGUUCCACGCCGCCUGCCCGUUCUGCGCCGCCCAGCUCUCCGGGGAGCGCAACUGCGUCAAGCUCAUCUUUCAGGGCCCCGUCGACUGAGGAAUCACUUGGCAAAUGUGACCACAAUAAAAAAAGUUUUCUUUAACGGUUUACU